CCACGCCGCCACUCGCAGCCACGGCUGUCAAUCACCAGGUCCCGAUCCCGGUUUGUUUACUAACAGUCCUCCUCCCUGUUGGCUCGGGCACACCACUUUGGAUGGCUAUGCACAGCACAGCCAUCCAGAGCACAACACACACCGCCUCCCAGUAAAAACACUCACAGCACACAGUUAACCCUUUGAUCGCCCCUCAUGUUAACCCCUUCCUGCACAGUGCCAUUAGUACAGUGUCAGUGCUUUAUUUUAGCACUGAUCACUGUAUUGGUGUCACUGGGGAUGUCAGUGACACCAAGUCAGUUCCCCCCAGUGUCAGAAUGCCCGCCCCAGUCCCAAAGUCCCACUAUAAGUCGCUGA